UAUGCAAGCUAGAUCACGCGAGCAUGCAAUGGAAGGGAAUGAAGAAGAACUUGGCCUUUUGGCCGAGUUUGGAUCCGACCCGGAUGUUGGUGCCGGACCUCCGCCCCCGGAGGAGGACGCGGAAAUGCGCCACCGCGGCUCCCGGGCCAAGGAUCCGUCCACCUCCAGGGUGCAGAACUGGCAGGAGGAGGAGGGGUCAUCCGCCACACUGCAGAACUUUGGGCACCGCGCUGGCUGGCUGGUUCUGCUUUUGCUGUGCCAGUCCAGCUCUUCCUUCAUUCUUCAGCGUUUCGAGUUUCUCAUUAAGUCGCACCCCACUGUGAUUUACUUUCUGACGAUGCUGGUCGGAGCUGGCGGCAAUGCUGGAGGUCAAAGCACAGUUUUGGUGGUGCGACGUUUGGCGUUGGCAGGGAAGCGGAAUUCUUUGUCCUUUCACCGCAUCGUCGGGUCUGAAAUCCUGGUGGGCGCCAAGUUGGCUAUUGUGCUCUUUGCUGCGGCCUUCCUGCGAUGUGCCAUCUUCAAGGUUUUCGGAGCCGAAUGCAUCGCGAUUUGCUUGUCAAUGUUCGUCAUCGUUUUUACCUCCACAGCGCUUGGAGCGGCUCUGCCGUUGUUUCUGAGCCACCUGGGGUUAGAUCCUGCGCAUGCUGGUGCGACCAUCCAAGUGGUGAUGGAUGUCAGCGGAGUUGCGCUUACGUGUGUGAUAUCCAGUGCUGUGCUUGGCUUCAAGGAGCCUGUGAUUCUUGAGGCGGUGCCAAUCACCGGAUCUAGCCACAAGGUGCUCACACACCCUUCAGGUGCACCUUGAGGGCUCGGCCUUCCCCCACUCAGCGGCAAAGUUCUGCGCUUCGAAAAGGGAAGUGUGACCAAGUCGGUGAGGGCCAACGUGCCCUCGGCAUGUGGUGUCCCAUGCUUGACGCAGGCUGGAAUCCGAA